GCCUUCCUCCCUCCCUCCUCCUCCUCCUCCUUUGCCUGCGAGCAUUCCUUAGCUCUUUGAAACCCAAUCCCUAGUUUUCUCUUCAUUUCCCUCAUCUCUCUCCUUGCGCAUUGUGCUCUAAGGUUUUGGCUGUUGAAAAUGGAAUUUGAAGACUGCUACAGACAAGUACAGAGGCCAAAAUAUGAUUGCCUGCUCUUCGAUCUUGAUGACACUCUGUAUCCAUUGAGCACUGGCAUAGCAACUGCAUGCACCAACAACAUCAGAGAGUAUAUGGUCAAGGAGCUUGGGAUUGAAGAGAGCAAGAUUGGACACUUGAGCGAUCUGCUCUAUAAGAACUAUGGAACAACUAUGGCCGGUCUAAGGGGGAUUGGUUAUGAAUUUGACUAUGAUAAGUAUCAUGCUUUUAUUCAUGGAAGACUCCCUUAUGAAAGGCUAAAACCAGACCCAGUUCUUCGAAAUCUCCUACUGAGCUUGCCGAUCCGUAAACUUAUAUUCACUAAUGCCGAUAAGGACCAUGCUGCUAGAGCUCUUAGCAGGCUUGGAUUAGAGGACUGCUUUGAAGGCAUUAUAUGUUUUGAGACUCUGAAUCCUCCUUGCAAGGGAUUUUCUGGAGAGGAAGUUGCUGCAACUGAGAUCUUUGACAUUGUUGGCCAUUUCUCUCAACCUGAGAGUGCCUAUGCUGAACUGCCUAAAACUCCUAUUGUUUGCAAACCAUCUGAAGAGGCUUUUGAAUAUGCUCUGAAGAUUGCCAAUCUCAAUCCACAGAGAACUAUGUUCUUUGAUGACAGUGUUCGCAACAUCCAGGCAGCUAAAAGAGUUGGUCUCCACACAGUUCUGGUGGGGACUUCACACAGAGUCAGAGGAGCAGACCAUGCAUUAGAGAACAUUCACAACCUCAGGGAAGCAUUGCCUGCGCUCUGGGAAGGUGCCGAGAAAGCCGAAGAUGUUCGGUGUAAGCCCAAGGUUGCAAUUGAAACAAUUGCUUAAGUUCUGAUGUAUUUACUCAUUUGAAAAGAAAAAAAAAUGGGGGAAAAAUAAUCUGAAAUAGAGAAAACAUGCAUGUAAUGUUGUUCAUCUUUUAUAUGUACUUUAGUGGGUUAUCAGAAAUAAAAUUUUUGCUGUUUCUUCA